AGUUUUGACAAACGACUUUGAUCGAAUAGAAGUGGUGGAAGUUGCGGAGGUUGGGAAGAGUGUUUGUUGUGUAAAUUUCUGUGUUUUUGUUAUUACAUCGGUAAAUUGUUUAUUGUUUGAAGUCAAAAACGUGUUGCCAAGAUGCCUGUGUUUCAUACGAAAACGAUAGAGAGCAUUUUGGAACCUGUUGCUCAGCAGGUGUCACGUUUGGUGAUCCUUCAUGAAGAAGCAGAAGAUGGCAAUCCUAUGCCUGAUCUUGAACGGCCUGUAAUGGCUGUUAGUCGUGCUGUUGCUAAUUUAGUCAAGGUUGGACGAGAAACAAUCAACAGCAGUGAUGAUCCAAUUCUGAAGCAAGAUAUGCCAGCAGCUUUGAUGAGAGUAGAAGGUGCAUCAAAACUACUUGAGGAAGCAUCUGCUAUGCUCAAGCAGGACCCAUUGAGUGGAUCAGCAAGAAAGAAACUGAUUGAAGGUUCUCGUGGCAUUCUGCAAGGUACAUCAGCUCUCCUGCUGUGUUUUGAUGAAUCAGAGGUUCGCAAGAUCAUUAGAGAAUGCAAGAGAGUGCUGGAUUAUCUGGCUGUAGCAGAAGUCAUUGAGACAAUGGAGGAUUUAGUGCAAUUCUUAAAAGAUUUGAGCCCCUGCCUUAGCAAGGUUUCUCGUGAGGUUGGUGGUCGAGAGAAAGAGUUAACUCAUCAGGUGCAUCGUGAAAUCCUCAUAAGAUGCUUAGAUCAAGUUAAGACGCUUGCACCAAUUCUUAUAUGUAGUAUGAAGAUAUUCAUUCAUAUCAUUGCACAGGGUGGCAAAGGUGCUGAAGAAGCUGCUGAGAACCGUAAUUAUUUGGCACAACGAAUGACAGAUGAAAUAAAUGAGAUUAUUAGGGUACUACAGUUGACAACAUAUGAUGAAGAAGAAUGGGAUGCUGAUAACCUUACAGUAAUGAAGAAAGCUCAGAAUGCUAUUGAAGGAAAAAUACGUGCAGCUCAUGACUGGCUUGAGGAUCCACUUGCCCUCCGAGGAGGAGUAGGAGAGAAAUCUGUCAGGCAGGUUCUGGAACAUGCCAACAGGGUAGCCGAUCGUGCCUUGCCUGGUGAUUCUGAGGCCCUUCACCGGUUGUGUGGUGAAGUGACAACAAUGACAGAUGCUCUUUGUGAACUGCGUCAAGAUGGAAAGGGAGCCACUCCACAGGCUGAAUGCUUGGCACGUGGUAUUCAGGAAAAACUGUCAGCAUUGCAGUCACUUGUUGGGCGAGCUGUCCAGUCUGUGGAGAGAUCUGGUGUCCAACAACCUGCUCACACUGUUACUGGGAGAUUGGAGCAAGCAAGGCGAUGGCUGGCAAAUCCUGAGCGAGAUGACCGUGGUUUGGGUCAGCGUGCAAUAGCACUCAUAGUUGAUGAGGGCAAAAAGGUUGCUGAAGGAUUGCCAGGAGUGCACAAAGCAGAAAUACUGCAGCUUUGUGAUGAGGUUGACAUGUUAUCACAUCAGUUAAGUGAUUUGUGCCAUCAGGGACUUGGUAAUUCAGCCCGUGCACAAGAUAUUGCAAGGGCACUAUCACAGAAGCUCUAUGAACUGAAGAACCGUAUCCAGGAUGCAGUUGUUAGUCGUGUUGUAGAAGAUUUUGUUGACAUUAGCACUCCUCUCAAACAAUUUACGGAUGCUGUCCAUUUGCCUGAAGAUACUCCGGGUGCUGAAUACAACUUCGCAGAGAAGGCUAAACAACUGCAAAAUUUUUCAAGCCGUGCAUCAAAAACUGCUCGAAUGGUUGCAGCUGGUGGCAGUGGUGGCAAUAAGAAGUUAGCUGAGGCACUCCUUAGUUCGGCUUCACAGGUGGAAAGCUUGACUCCUCAGCUGAUCAAUGCAGGCCGUAUUCGUAAAAGCUAUCCAGAGAGCAAAGCUGCUGAUGAACACUUUGAAAAUUUAGUUUCCCAAUAUUCUGAUAGCAUUCAACGAGUACGAGCUCUCUGUGAUGAAGCUACUGAUUCUGCUGACUUUAUCAAGAUGUCUGAGGAGCAAAUACAGAAACACACAGUUCUUUGUGAGGAUGCAAUUCACACAAAUCAACGCCAAAAGAUGGUUGACAACACAUCGAGCAUCGCACGACUUGCAAACCGUGUACUUAUGGUGGCCAAACAGGAGAGUGAUAACUCAGAAGACCCUCAGUUUGUGGACCGUGUUAAUCGUGCUUCUGUAGCUGUUCAAGGAAGUCUGCCACCCAUGGUACAUGGCGCAAAAGCAGUUGCUAUGAAUACUCAGGAUUCUAUUGCUGUUGCAAGGUGGCGAGAAUCUAACAGAGCGCUCCUGACAGCCGUAGGACAAGUGCGACAGGCUGUAACAGUUUCACCAGAUCUGCCACCACCGCCAGAUAUGUCCAGCCUUAACAUCAAUGAUGAAAUUGUAGAACCUUUCCAGCCUUCGCUUCAGUAUAAUUACUUCACUGAGAAAGUGGGACAGCCUCUCCGUGAGCAGCUUGGAUCGGACGUUGGUGCUACUACUUCUGCUUCACCUGUCGGAUCACGACCCCACAGUUCUGCUGCCCUCAGCCCUCUGCCCAAAUGGGCUCGAGGCGAAAAUGCAGACCUCUUAUACCAAGAACUGUCACCCGAUGAUUUCUCUGGACGAGCAGAUUACGCUCCACCACGACCACCUUUGCCUGGAGGGGAAGUUCCACCACCAAGACCGCCUCCACCUGAGACAGAUGAUGAAGAUGAUAUGUUUUCACAUGCUCCUCUACCUAAUCAACCUAUUAUGGUAGCAGCUCAUGGACUACAUCAAGAAGUCCGUCAGUGGUCAAGUAAAGACAAUGACAUUAUUGCAGCUGCCAAGAAGAUGGCAGUAUUGAUGGGGCGUCUUAGUAAAUUGGUGCGUGGGGAAGGUGGCAGUGGCAGCAAGCGGGAUCUUAUAGCCUGUGCCAAAUCAAUAGCUGAAGCCAGUGAAGAAGUCACGCGCCUUGCCAAAGAGCUUGCCAGAGAAUGCACUGACAAACGAAUGCGCACUAACCUCCUUCAGGUGUGUGAACGUAUUCCAACAAUUGGGACACAGCUGAAAAUACUUUCCACGGUGAAGGCAACAAUGUUAGGUGCUCAAGGAACUGAAGAGGAUCAGGAAGCGACAGAUAUGCUUGUCGGAAAUGCCCAAAACCUUAUGCAAUCUGUGAAGGAAACUGUGCGUGCUGCUGAAUCAGCUUCCAUAAAGAUACGAACAGAUGCUGGUAUUAGGCUUCGCUGGGUCCGUAAGCAACCCUGGUACCAGUAUUGAGAUUUCCUUCUCCAGUAACAGGUUAUUUGCAAAAAACUAGUUGACCUGAACGGCUGAUGUUGCUGCAUCCAGGUGAUACUCUUAAUCACUAGAAUGUUCCUUUUGAUGCAGAAAGGAAUACCUAUUUUCAUAAUUGUUUAGAAAAAUGGGGUAAUUUUUAAUGGUCUUUUCCACAGAAUGAGAUUUACUCUAUACAAAGCAAAUGUAGGAAAAUAUUUUUAGAGUCUCAACUAGUUCUAGCAAAUGUCCAUCUAUCUUAUUUUUAAUCUGUCUUUAUUGUUGAAGUAAGACAUUAGAUCCCUCCGUGCACUAUGGGGAAAAAAAGGUAGAAAUUAAAAGCCGUGAUGACUAAUUGUGUAAGUAUUCAGCUUUAACAUCGAUAUUGUUAACAUGCAAGCAAAUUGACUGCACUUGCUGUGUAGGUUGACAGCAGACAGCAUAAAGUGUCUGUAGACAUCAAAAUUUUGGCACCUUUAUUAAGUGAUUAUUAAAAUUAGUGUAAGAGGAAAUAGGCAGAAUUUUGUGUGGAGUACUGUAGCAAACAUUUUUUUAAAAAAAAAAAAAAAGAGGAAACUGUAUGGAACUAUCAAAAAUCUUUUUCAUUUAUUUAUCUAAUAGGGUAUAAAAACUUAUUGUAUUUGCCAUGUCGUAACACAGUAUCUAAUAUGUUAAUUGUGCCAUUGAAUUAUUGUGUGUUUUUGUGACUAUAGCUUAAUAAUGUUUAUUUAUUGGGUACUUUACUUCAGAAACUUCAAAAAUGAGUCAUUAUUGUUCUGUCACUAGUGGACUGAUGUUUGAACUGUAGGUCACAAAUCCAUGUUCCCAAUGAACUUUAACUAGUGCUACCAUCUUAUUACAGUUUUCGUGGAAAUUUCUGAACACAUUGUCUUCCGUAGCUAGUGGAUUGAAUGUGUGAGAAAUCACAACACUAAAACUGAUUGAUGUGUGUCAUGGAUUUUGGUUUUGUCAUCAUUGUACCAUAUACAUUCAUCACUGUUCAGAGCUGGCAUGUGAAUACGUGUUGUUAUGUUUUUGUCUCUUGUGCACUAAAUGGAUACGGCAUUUCUUCAGAUGCUGUUGUACCUCCUCUCCUUCUAUAUUCUAAUACUUUCAUUUGAUACAUUAUCAAAUGUGAACAGGAAUUUUGUUUUAUGUCUGUAAAUAAACAAGUUACCAGGGUACUUUCCGAAUUAUGGCUGAUAGCAAUGAAGAAAGCAAUUAACUUGAUGCAGAUAAUUGUCAUUUAAACACAAAUAGUGCUGUAUUUACAGUUAUUACAUUUAAAACUAAACAAAAAUGUCAAAUGCUGGUUGUCUGUAAUUCAAAACUGAUCCAGUUGUAAAGUGUAAGCAUGCAACUGGAGGUUCAGUGGAAACUAAGGAGAUGAAGCACAGCAAUUCAGUCACUCAGUUUUACACUCUAAGUUUUGCAUUAUAGCUAAGAUAAUUAUUUUUAUUGGUCUCCAGAUUCAUAGUUGUGCAAAAUAAACAUUCGUUUCAUUAUACGUUUUCAUCUCCAUUGUCUAUCCUGAAAAUAUCAACUGUUAAUUUUAACUAAAAAUAUUUUGUUAGGUUCUCACGUCAUAUCUUCUGUUAACUAUAAGGUGCCUUGAAGACAUAAUAAAGAUAAUUGUAAGGUGCAAGAAAUAUUAUAUGGUGUGUAAAGACAAUGUUGUGCACUUGUAUUUGAUAAUCAUGUACGCUUCUAUGGCUUAAUGGUGCAAGGACGUUGUUCCAGUGUUGAAAACAUGUCAUUGCCUUGAAUCACAAAUCUAUUUUAAAAUAAUUGCUGUGUUGUUUUAUGCUACCUGUCUCAAUUGAUCUGUGACUAUAAGCUUAUUUUUGUAUUAGACAGGUGUUCAUUCACACUGUCUGAAAAUCUUGUGGGAGUUCCAUACUGUUUUACUUAGAAAUGUCAGCACAACAAUUUAUCAACGCACAUAUUAGAUAUAGUAUCUGUAUACUUAUGGGAACAUGUGGUCCCAUCAAAAGUCUGAUGCUAACUGGUGGUGCAAAUAGAAUUGCCAUAUGCUUUAUAUUCUUCAAAGGAAAUCUCGUGUUAAAGUAAAUAGUGUAGCUAUGUGCCUAUAAUAAGACUGACAUGUACUGUGGCCUGUUGCUAUCCGCAAAUAUUAAUUUUAUUUAAUGAUACUUAUUUCAUAUUUGACUCAAUACAGAAAGUCAAUUUUACAUAUACAUCUAUUGCAGAUUUUUAUAGGUUUUCAUUAAAAUAUCUCAUGUGUACCCAUAUAAUUAUCUAUAUGAGCCAUUUUCCUAUGCUUGAUAAAUACACAGUUAUAAACAUAGCAUUUAUCUGAAUCUGUCUUCCUAUCAGGAAAGAAUCAACUUUUUUGCUGUGUAUUAAUGAAAGUCAUUUCAUUGUGUACAUUGCUUUCUUAUGUGGUUUAGUAAUAAAUUAAAUCUAUUGCUCUUACCACUAUUUUAGCCUGUAACAGUUGUCUGGAAUAUGCUAACUGGAUAAUGUGACUGAAAUGUUUAUAUUUAUGGCACGUAAACUGUCCCCAUACUUGCUGUUAAGGUGUAUAGUCCAGGAAAAAUUUCACAUGAUUGAAAAUUGUAUUAAUUUUAUUUACACACUUUUCACAGUUAUAAUCAUACUUUAUGUUCAUUGUGGUCUUCACGGAAAGUACACUGCAAAUAUGCCUGUGAAACCCUCACAUUUACAUUAAACAUGCUUUGUUCUUUUUACUUAAAAGUUGAACUGGUACCGUUUAACCCUAUUAUAGGGCUUAUGCCUGAAACACCUAACACCAUAAAUAUCUUUUAAGUGUAGGAGCCAAAUAAUUUCCAUACCUCUCCAUCAAACCACAUUGUACCUGUUAGAGUCUGCACUCAGCAGUUUGGCAGUAUUAACUGUGCUGAAAAGUUGAGCUGUAAACACAUUAAUCUCUGCAUUUGUUUCUGCAGUGUGACAAAACAAAUCAUUCCAAGAGUGACAUUCAUUGAUUUACCUGUUUGUUUUGAAUCUUUAUUGUUCAUUUUAUUUUGACUAAUUCAAAUGACACCACCAUUGUGUAUUUUGUGACUCAAAAAGCAAAACAGCAAACUGUAUCUUUUUGCAUGCAUGUAUUUUCUCCAUGUUAUUUCAACUUCAGUAUUAGUACUAAAUUUUUAAAUGAUGAUUAAAUUACAUAUUCCACAACAGAAAAUUCUCCAUUAAUAUGAUCUAUAAUCAUGCAAAUAAGUUUAGUCCCCUUUGUAAACAGAGAAUUUUGUUGUUCCAUUUUAUACAUUCAUAAACUUUGCAAUACAGUUUGUUAAAAUGGACAAAAGUUAUAUAAUCAAGUCCGCCAUUACAAGAGUUGCCUCAUUUUCACAAAUCCUGUUCUUACCAACAUCAUUACAGACAGGAGUGAGUGCAAAACAGCCAAUUUUAUUAGGAUUCUUCAAAAGCGUGCAGAAUAAGAAAUGUGAAUUGGCACUAAAAAGAAUGUACAUUAAAGUAACACGAUACAUUAACAAAAAAAAAAAAAAUCUGUUAAAGAUACUACACCCUGAGAUACUAUGCCAGUUUUGAUCUCAGUGGCAACACACAGUCAUGAACUGUUCUUAAAAUGACUUCACUUAACGCAGAUCACAACUCAGUCACAUCGUAAAUACAAUGAAAGAGUUAAUUUUAUUUUAACAGGGAAAGGUCAUUUCUUUACACACAAAAAUAUACACAUUACACACAUCAACAUAGUAAGUAAAAUAUAAAUAAUCUAAAAUUACUUAAAAUACUAAAGUUUUAAACAAUCUUAAUAAAAUGAGAAUAUGUUUGUCUGCUGCAUUAUUUAAUUAUGGAAUAAACCAAAGAAUGUCUACCAAACUGCACUGUGUAAGCAUGGAGGGCUUCUUUACUUGUUCUUUGGUUGCUCCCUGUUAGGAUUGCUGUGCACAGAUGUUGUCAUUUUCUUCAGAAGUUCAAUUUCUCUCUCUCUCGUACUUUGACUCAUUUCAUUGGUGAUUUACUGUAUAUCUUACUACGGUACUACAGUGUGUGGCUUUUCAUCAUUAAAUAUAUUCUACUUGCUUUUUAGAGUGGCUGGAAACACUGACACUUUUGAAAACAAAGUAAUAAAAUGUAUCUUUUGUUAUUGUUUUCAACAAGAGACUAUAUGAUUUUUAACAUGCCUGGUGGUCUUUCACAAUGAGUUUUCUCUCGGCUUGAUGAGUUUUUAGGAAACAGCUAUCAACCACACUAAAUUGGAGAGCUAUUUCUAAAAUGUCUUAUUCUUUCUUUCCAUUGCCACUUUUGAGCACUUUGCUCAUGAUCAUUGGGCUACUCUGCAUGUACAGGAUGAAUUAUUAAUCAACUGUUGAAUGUUUUGAGAGCCGUCAUGGUGUACAGUAAAAUAAAGGAUAAACUAAAAUCAUAAGCCAGACAUUUAUAACCCAAGUUUAUGAUUUCUGUUUCACUUGUCUUUCUGUAGGAAACUGAUUUCACUGUGGAUGCUGUAACUUCAGUGCAGUUCUCUGUUGAUGAACAAACUUAUGUACAACAAAGUGGUGCCAAGAAACUAUAAAAUGUUGCAAAAUUGUAUCAUCAAUUUUAUGUUGUAGUUGGUAACUAUUGUUUAAAAAUGUAUCUGACCAUGCAACCAUUCUACAGUCAAAAUAGCUUUAUGGCUCUUGGAGUUUGUCUUGAACCUUUCUUUCCAGACUUCCUUUUAUGUAGAUGUUUUCAAGCAGUCUUCAAAUACAAUAUUUUGCCAGUGUUUAGUUCAGCUGGAGAGUGAUGUUCUCAUUCUGUUGGAAACUAUUCUGCUUGACAUUCCUCCAUUAACUGCUUUGGUAUUUACCUUGUUUGCGGGUUCGAAUUGAAUGUGGUGUAAUCAAGUGUGCAGUCCAGUUGAGGCACCAACGAAGAAAAGCAAUGUGGGAAAAACGUUCUACUUUCAGAAGGCAGUAUAUGUCAUUAGAAAGUCCAAGAGGGAAUAUGUGUAUAUGAGCAUAGAACACUACUCACUAAAUAAGAGCCACCAAACUAUGGAUAAGUAGAUAAAAAUAUGUUCGCCUGAAAACUAAGUAAUUUGUGUAUGUCUGUCUGCUGCUCAGCACAUCCUGUAUUUGCUAAAUAAUGAUUUAACUUCAUAGACUAUUACUCACCAAAUAGCAGAUGUUCUGAGUAGGAGAGAGACACAGAAAUUGCUUCAUUUUCAGACAAAGUAUGUAUAUCUCCUUUUGAUUGAUUUUAAGCUGUUACCAUGUAAUUAUUCAAAAAUAUGAAUUUCCAAAUAAGCCAUUUCAGAUUACUGUUACACACAAUAAAAGAAAAACCAACAACGAAUUUAAUAAUGUGUAUUUUAGGCUAAACAUGAAAUGUGUAAACAAUUUGUUUAUUCUCUCCUCUUGCUUCAAAAUUCUUUGUCCAGUUAUGCUAUAUUCAGUUAGUACACAUGAUAUAAUCCGCAGUAAAUGUAAUCUCUCCUAUUUUGUUCAUAGGCAGAAAAGAAAAGCUAUUGGUUGAAUUGGCCUACUACUAAUUCUAACAACUAAAUUAAAGUAGCACUGUGGCAUGAAACACUGUAUAGUGUUUUUGAUACAGAUCUACUUAACACAGUCUUGUAUUUGUUUCUAACCAGUUAAUAAGAUCCUUUAAUAGCUGUAUUUCUUGAAAUACUAUGAUUAUUCUGAAGAAGUCAAUAGUUAAUUCAUGAUUUCGUGAUGAGAGGACUGCUGUCCUGCCACCCCUCCCCUCUCCCUUUUUAUUGUACAUCUGUUGUUCCCAACAAUUAAAUCUGUGGAAGCAGUGUGGAUCUCACCUGCAAACAUAUAAAUUUUCAAUGCCAAUAUAACUCAGCAAUUUUUUUUUCUAUGAAAUGAGAUUUAGUUCCUUGAGGGAAGCUGUGUAGUGUCAGCUUUUGCUGCUGUCUCAAGGUAUUUGUGAAUUGCUCAGCUACAGGUGGGCAGAUGAUACCUGUGCUGUGGUCUGUAUCUGAUCUAUCAUUCAUAAGAAUACAUAGUCGAGCCAAAGGAUAGCAGGAAACAAGCUAGGAGGAGAGAGAAGUUUUCAGUUUAAAUUUGCAUUAUAGCAGUUAUAGUUUAGCCAGUGCAAUUGUAAUGAGAAAACAUGUUAAUUAGUUGUUCCCCAGUUGUGUACUGCUGCCCCACAAAUUGUGUGUUAAGUAUUAGAAUGUAAUGCCUGCAGUUAGACUAUUUAUUUAUGUUAAUUUUUAUCCCAAUUGCUACAACCUCAUACCUCAUACCUCAUUGCCUGACUUUGACUCUUUGUUGCAUAUUUGAAAGGCUAAUGCUGCCUCUAAUCAGAAUUAGUAUUUCUUAUGUGAACUAGACUAACUCGUUCGCCAUUGCUCAUAUAACUGAGACGUAUUUGAACUCUCUAAAUUAUUAUUUUGAUAAUGUUUUAAAACUGUUAACAAAUAUUUUGUGCUAAAGGAGUUCUAUUCUGUUGCAGUAUAUGAUAAAAGUGCUGACUACUGUAAGUAGUACAUGAAUCUGUAAGGAGGCUAUACAGUGAGAUGUAUGAAUGAUAAGGACCAAUAAUUCAUGAAAUUUCAGUGACAGUAACAUGAGUUAGAAAAAUGAACCACUCCUUCUGUCCUACUGCAUGAUGUGAGCUGCCAGUAUCACUUUACUUUUUUUGUCCAGAAUUUUGCCAGAAAUUCUUUCAUAGUAAUAAAUGAGCUCGUCAGAGCAAGAAAAUAUACACGAAAAGUUGUAAUUCAUGAUAAUGUCUUAUUUGAACUUUCAUGGAUGUUCGCUGUAUUCACUACAUGGCAUUGUAGUUUUGAGCUCACUUCACUAAUAAUGCGGUAGUGAUACUAAGCAUCUGCUGUGACAGUGAACACACACAUUCUGUUAUUCACUUGCGUUCCAGUUCUGCCUUUCCCAGUACGUAUUUUCGUGAUAAACUUGCCAAGUUCCUUGUGCAAGAGGCUGUUUAAGAACCCCUGUACAUCCUUCCGUCCUCUUGAUAUCUGUUGUCAUUACUUGAUUAGUUAAGCCUCAACAGUUGGUGAAAACUAUAGGGACAGUUGCUGUCUCAAAAUUUUCUCGUAGUGAUCUGUAGUUUUAUGGCAGAUUUGCAAAGAUAAUGUUGCAUUGUAAACGUACUAUUCAGAUUAGCUUCAUAAAUGUGUACUAACUAAAUUAAUAAAGAUAAAUGUAUGUCCAAACACUUUCCUCUCAUCAAAACAAAACAACUUACUUUGGUGCAGCCAAAAUGUGCCUAUAUGCUUCAUUGUAACCAUACUAAAGUUAUAUGACAGAUAGAAACCUAUCAGUGCUUAAAUAGAUUAAAUCUGUAGAACUGUGUAGUAUAAUUGUCAAAUGAUAAUUCAUUUCAUUGGUAACUUUUGACCAAUCAAAACACUUUUAUUCAUUGUGGAUGUGGAACACUGUGACUGUGUUGAAUAAAGCUUUCCAGAAAUAACUGCAACCAGUCGCCUUUUGUGAUUCUUUAAUUUUUAUUUACCAUGACCAGUUUUGAAUUGCCUAGUGAUUCAUCAGAUGCUUCACAUUUAUUGAUUGUUUGGAGCAUUGUGGAUGUUGUGUAGGAUUAUUAGCAUCCAAUGGUUUAUUUCUGGUGCAUACACUGUUCUGGAAAAUGUAAUGUUUGUUUUCUGGUAAUAUUAAUUUAUUGAACUAAACAAACUUUACUACAGUUAGCAACUCCCACAUGCAUUACAAAAAGUAAAUAAAUCAUUAUUUCCAUUACUGUGUGAUUUGAAACUGGUCAUGGUAGAUAAAAAUUGAAAAAUCACAAAAAGCAACUGGUUACAGCUAUUUCUGGAAACCCUUAAUCAAAAUACAUCGUUCAUUUGUGACCAGUCAACACAUUGUUCUUUUUGUGACAUGUAAUAUCUAGUGUAAAUGCUAUUUUUGGUGAAAUAUUUGCAUUUACUCUGUGACUUACUCCUCUUGUUUACUUAGUACCGUAUAAGAAAGGAGAUGAAUGGAUAACAGCUUUGCAAAGGCCAGAAGAUAGUACCUCAGUGAGAGAGGAGUAGGAGAUACAUUAAACACUCAGUAAAUAAAAGAAAAAAAAAUACAUAGUAAUAAAAUGGAUGUGUUGAUAGAGGUAGCAUUUUUCACCACUGCUGUUAUAUAUUUCAGUUCAUUUUAUUGUGAUAGCUGGUGAUUUAAAAACGGAAUUUUAACCAUCUAAGAAUUUUAAAUCAUAAGCAACGAAAGUUCUCACUGCCUCCAGCUAUGAUGACAAUAGCAUUCUAAUUGCAGGUGUCAAUUUCAAAUAAAUCACAUUUUGUGCUCCAUCGGACAGAUGGAUGAUCACCACACUGCACUGUGUAAGCAUGAAGGGGUCCUUUACGUAACUUGUUCUUUGGUUUUUCGCUAUUAGGAUUGCUGUGCACAAUUUUUGUCAUUUUCUUCAGAAGUUCAAUUUCUCUCUUUGUCCAUGUAAAGUAGUGGUAAUGUUGACAUCAUGUAGUUUGGAAUAUUGAGAGAUAAUAAAAAAGGAUUAUUCUGCUUAAGCAGAAAUAUUAUACUCUUGUGCCUGAAUUGUUGGUCCUUUCUUCACACUGCAUUGAGUAAUACUAAAAAUUUUUUUUGUUAGUAAUAGUGAAUACAAUUUUGUUGUUGUUUCUUCAGAUAUAUAAACUGUGUUCAUUUAAUUUUCAUUAGAUUUAAUGAAAUAAAUAUUUUGUUAUUUAAUAUACAAUUUCAUGUGAUGUGAAGUUUAUUAAUACUUUUCUUUGUUUAAUGAUUUUUAACAUAUAAUAUUUAUAAAGAUUGUUAACUAAAAUUUUGUAUGUGAACUUACUUCCAAUAAAAUGAAGUUUGAACUAUGUUAUCCUCUAAAUGUAAGGAGAAGAAAAUUCGCAUCUCUGAUUUUAGUAAUUUUAAAAAUCAGCAUCUAUUUUAUGUAUAUUUGAUGUGACUACAUAACGUGUUUGGUAGUGACUACCUAAUCUGAGUUUUUUUUUCUAAAUGCAUUCCUGUGUAUCAGAUUUCCUACCACACCACACCAGUUGAUUUGUAUGCACUCGUGUGCUCCCCUCACACACACACACACACACACACACACACACACACACACACACACACACACGAAGGAUCCAUAUUCUUCCCUAUUUCUCUGUCCCACAAGCCUGAUACAACAGCAAAUGAAUUUGCCUCUAUUGCCUUUAGAAAUUCUGCAUUUUGUACAUGGGAAGUAGUUUCAUUGAAAUUACAACUCUUGAUAUCCAUAUGUGGUACAGUGUUGGAAGUACAACUCUUGAUCCCCUUAUGUGGUACCUAGCACAGCUACCUGUCAAUCAUUCCUGUAACUUAAGCAUUUAACAGUCAUUCAGUUAGACUGAUUACAGUGCUGAGGGAAACAUACAGAAGCAUUUUACAUCUCAGUUGUGACUGAUCUGUUGUUGUUGUUAUGGGCAACAGAGCCAGCAUGGUACACUUUGCUCUCAGAUAGCUUUAGCAGCAGUUUUAAAACAGGAAGAAUUACUGAUUCAAAUAAGUAUAUACUUCCCACCUGUUAGUCGCACAUGGACUUCACAUAAUGUGUCCUAAUUGUCUUGUAUCUCGUGAUACAGUGCCAAUUUAUGUAUGAACUCCCAGAAGUGCCAAGUUUACUAAUCUGUGUAGAGGCUGUGUGUAAAAUUUAUUUGUGAAUAAAUACAUAAUUA